AUGGCCGACGAACGGAAAGUUUGUCACUAAAACAUUUUUUUCUGUUUUUCUUCAACAGAUUUUGAUCAAACUAGUUGAUUUAGCAUUUUCAAGUAAUUUCGUUUACAUUUUUUUUAUUAGUAACGCGAUUUGAGUUGGAAAUUCCAAGGUGUUUGAGUAAAAAGAUUUAAGGCUUAACAUUUAGGGAAGCUUAUUAAAAUGGGAGAUAGUCUUGCCAACGAUGGAGUUCAGGGACAAGAAGUUAAAGAUGAAAAUGGACAAAAAAUAGCUCGGCAGCAGGAAGGAAAGAGCUGUGGAGUGAAGCAAACUUCAAAUGAAGUGCCAGAUAAUUUAGAUAAAGAAAGCGAAAGUCAAAAAACAGCACAAAAUGAAGGAAGGAAUGUAAUUACUGGAGUCAACGAUGUGUCAGAUAAAGUAACAGAAGAAGAACUAGCAAGACAAGAUAUCAAAGAUGAAAACACUCACAAACUAACAUUACUUAAGGGAGAAAGAAAGCAUGAAGUUGGACCGACUUUAAAUGAGCUUUCAGACUCCUCCGAAAUGUCAGUCUCAGAGUCAAGUCUGUCAGAUUUAAGUGGUCGACUUUCGCCUACUCUUUUUCUUCCUGAAGCGAGAGUUCGAGUUCCUAAGAAGAUGACAGAAGAAGUGAAUGAAAGUUUAUUUAUAAAGAAAAAAGAAAAAAGAAAGUUAAAGCUUUCAGAAAUGGACCCAGAAGACUUGAUUUUGAGGGCCUCAGAGAAAGGUCGUUUCGAUCUUGUGGAAUAUUCACUCAACAAGAAUGGGUCACUUCAUGAGUGUCAGGACCAGGAUGGGUAUACGCCGCUGCACAGGGCAUCUUAUGGAGGACAUUUGAAAAUCGUUGAAUUACUAGUGUCCAGAGGUGCUAAUAUUGGAGCCAGAACAAUAGAUGGUUGGGAGCCAUUACACUCGGCAUGCCGAUGGGGACAAAAAGAUGUAGCUGUGUACCUCCUUGAAAAUGGUGCAAAUAUCAAUGCAAAGACUAAUGGAAAUCAAACUCCUCUACAUUUAGCAGCUCUUGGUGUUGAUGGCAGUGAAACCCUUCAAUUCUUACUGACAAAUAAGUCAUUAGACAGAACUAUUACAAAUAAUCAAGGAGAGACCGCUGAAGAUGUGGCAAAACGAUGUGGAAAGUGGGUUGACUUAUUCAAAAAUUAAAGACUUAAGAGUUUACUGUACAUUAUUUAAUGGCAGAUAUUAGGAAUCAAGAGAGGAGUAGCAGUAGUAUGCACUUGAGUCUCCCCUACUCUGGGGUCUCGGGUUCAAUUCUGGACUCAGCAUCGCAUAUGAGAAUAGUUUGUUAAGUCUCAGCCUUAGUUCAAGGGAUUUCUCCAGGUUCUCUGGUUUUCCUCCCUGUAAAAAUAUCUAACAAGCAAAAUUCCAAUUCAAUCUAUGCAUGAAUUGGCUGUGCCAUGAAUUUGAACAGCCCCAAGUUUUUAUUUAGGCUAUUGAUAAGAUUCGUAGGUUUUUGGUAAAUUUCAUGUUUAAGGAGAUACUAAGAAAAAUAUGAAAUAUUUGAAUAUUAUAUUCGAUAUUAAGUUAACUGUACAGUUUGAAAAAUAUUUAAAAGGCUAGUAAUUCAAAAAAAAUCUCAAUGUAUCUUUUCCACUUAUGAUAAUUUUUUUGCUCAAAUUGUAUAGAAAAUGUCUGAGUUUUUAGCUUUUCUCAUCAGUGCGCAUGCCUUGGGUCAUUUAAGAAAUUUUUGUUGUACAAUAAUAUGAUUUGAUGUCACUGGUUUCAUGCCAAAAUUGUUAAAACUAAAAAGAUUAAAACAAACCUCAUUUUCUUGA